AAUGUGCAUUGGAAGUCACAUGACCCCGUGUUGUUCAAAAUGGCGAAUACAGAAAAGGAGAAAUUUGACGCUGCUGUAAAAGUUAUACACAGUUUACCCAAAGAUGGUCCUUUUCAGCCAUCGUAUGAUAUGAUGUUGAGCUUUUACAGUUAUUACAAACAAGCAACUGAAGGAAAAUGUACAAGACCAAAACCAUGGACUUGGGACAUUGUCAACAAAAAGAAAUGGGAUGCAUGGACAAAACUAGGAGAUAUGCCUAGAGAAGAAGCAAUGGUAAAAUAUGUAGAAGAACUAAAAAAGACUAUCAAACAUUUCACUGAGAAGGGGUUGGCAAUGAAAGAACAGGGGGACCCCAGGAUUGUUGAGGCUAUGCCCCAGAAUGAGGAGGUUCGAGACUUUAUGGAAAAAUUGGGCAGUUUUUAUGAGAUAGUGGAUGAGGACUCCCCAGUUCCCAAACCACCAGCAGAAAACCACCAACCUCAGGAAGAAAAUGGCAUUCCAUCUGACAACGAAUCAACAGAGGGUAAAACCCCACUGGAAAUAUUUGACCAUUCACAAAUGGUAGACACUGUUUUAAAGAAAAGUGAGGAUAUAAACAACAUUCUUAACCAAUCAGAGGAAGUUUUACAAAAUGGUUUGGAUGAGGAGGAAGAGGAUGAAAAUGAUAAUUCCACGGAUGUUAGUGAACAACCCAUUGCAGUCAGCACAAAGGUACUUGAAGAGAAAAGGGACCUAGUCACCAUGAAUGGAGACCAUAUACAUAUCACUGAGAGUAGGCUGACAGUAGAAGCUCAUCCACAGAGGGGAAAUAAACCUCCUGGGAACCAAGAUAACCAAGUCAGACACCAAUCUCCAUCCAGAGACCGCAGGACCCACAGGAACAGACACCCAGUGUCUGGGGACCAUCUGACAAGUGAGACGGAGAGUGAGGAAGAAUUCUGUGAUACCUCAGACCAGCCAUCACAGGAUGAAACAGAUGCUGUAGGAAUCAAUCCAACAAUGGCAAACUCUACACCUUUAAAGUCUGGAGGAAACAUAGGUAAUCACAUUCCAUUUGGAUCUCAUGAGCACAAUUUUUCCUCCCUUCCCUUCACUCCCACCAAAGGUCGGCUUUUAGGCUUUGGUAACAGUGGUCGAGGUAUGACAGACAGUCUUCUAGUCCAUGCACCAGGACAGGAUACAAUGAACCUCUCCUAUAAUAGCAGUAGUAAGGAUGAAGAUCACUCUGCUGGUAGGCGGGAUAUCAAUUUUAAUUCAUCAUAUCUGCAGGACUAUGACAAAGAUGUCCGUGUGGUGGGAGGCGGGGAUAUGUCUCCUCCAGGAGGUUAUUCUCAAGAUGAAGGUCGACCAGUGAGAGUACAGAAUGUUGGAGGAAGAGAAAUGGGAGCUAGACAAAACCAGCAGGGUGGUUCUUCAGGAUCUCAGGGUUAUCAUGGGAUGGGUGGAGGAGGAGGAAGGGAUAACGAGGGAUUUCCUGAUGGGGCCUCCUCAGGGAGCAUAGAGGCUCAAAUGGCAUUAGCUCUUGUCCGUUUACAACAAGAUAUGAAUAAUGUAAUGGAGAGAGUCAACAACCUAGAGCGAGCUCAAAGGGAUCAGGGUAGAAAUGAAAGUCAGAAUAAAGACAAAAAGACAUCCCAGUGGUGGCCUUUUGAUUUUAACAGAAGAUCUCUGUUUGCGCUUCUAGUCUGGCCUCUUGUUGUACACUGGAUACUACUUAAGUUAUUUCAUAGGAGGAAACACAGACCACAAUGAUUUUCUGAAGCUCCAAUCAAUUAUCUGUGAUUUUUCAUUAUUUAAACGUUAUGUUAUUUUGUGUUUUAAAACUGAUUAAUUCCUGAUAUGAGACAGUGUUUUAUGUCAUUUUAUGUUAAACUUGGCAUUAUAUUAAAAUGUAAAAUCUAACAUAAUUGUCUU